GCUUGAGCCACCAUUGUCACUUGUGAGGCAGAGGAAGUGACAUAGAGAGCAACCUCUGGAGUUCGCUCACUUCCUGGGGACAAAGCUAGGCACCAGUUCGUGCUAGGAAUUUGAGCAGAGAGGAGGCCCGCAGACAGCUUUCCUUCAGAUUGGUCAUGUGAGUCAAGGACUGAUUCUCCUUUCUACCUUGGCCUUCUGGCCUAAACUACCUCUGGCUCUGCCAGAAGGUUGAGUUAAACUUUUUCCUUUCCCCACUCUCUCUUUCUCUCUUACUCCCAUUUUAAUUAAUCCACCACAACUCCAUUCUGACUUAAGUGUUUCAUUUAGGAAUUUCAUAAGUGAAUUCCUUGGCGACCAUAAAUUAAUAUUAUAUCAAUCUUCAAAGUGAUUUCACUAUAACACAGGGGACCUUGAAAAGGUCAGCAUGGGGGAGGGCCUGUGCACCAUCUGCUGGGGUGACUGCAGCCCCCGCCAUCCCUUCCCCCUAGCACAGCGCCAGCACCAGCAUCUUUCUUUCUUUUAGAUAUAUCUUAAUGGACAUCUCUUCACAGUUGUUUUGGCCAUAUUUCUUCUGCAUGUGGUUCUGCCCCAUGUGUGUGUUCUUUAAAUUCCUACUUUUCCUCUAUAAAGCUUCCUCAGAAGGGAGAGAGAAGCUUUAAGGUAGGAAGAUAGAGAAAGGAUAGAAGUUUUAGAUACCACGAGGGGGAUGACGGAGUCAAAUUAGAGAUAUGAGGUGGCAGGAAUGAGUCUUUAUUAAUUAUCCAUAAGCCACAGCCAAGCUUUGAUCAAAGGACCACUCCGAAGGCUUUUACCAGUCCAGAGAUCCAGAUUCAAUACCACACAGGUCAGAGAGAUGAUAGAGAAAGAUUAAAGAUGGAGCCUGGCCCAAGGCUCCAGCAAGGACAGCCAUCAGUGCGAGCUGGAAGGGAGCAAGAGCAGAAGAGAGAAAGGCGGAGCUGGCUGAGGCCUAUUUAAUCUCUUUGAUAUGCAAAUAUACACAGUACAUAGGGAUGAUCAUCAUUGGUUAAUGACAAGGUAUAGGUGUGGUUUCUCUUAACCAGGUGAGCACAAAGAAACCUGUGUUCCCUCCUAACCUGGGGGAAGCUGGGGUCAAGGGUCAGAGGCUUUCCCAGCCAUGUGCAAUACUGAGCAUGCUUUUAAGACAAUCUAUACAUACCAACUGUUCCCCUUGCCCAUAGCUAGGGGUGGACUGCUACAUCUCCCCCUUUUUGUUUGACAUAACAAUAGUGCAAUAUCAAAAUGUAACAACAUUACAGUAUUAACAAAUACAAAUACAAACACUCUGGUGCAUAAUCAUAUUCUGAUACAGAGAUGAAAAACCCAAACCAGAUUGUAUAACUUAGAUAUACCAAUCAAGAGUGAACAUCAGCAUAAAUUGAUUUAGUGAUCAAUCUUAAAGAUCCCAAACUGAUCUUUCUAUCUGCCUGUCUGCAUUUCACAAUCAGUGCAACAGUCUUAGUAGAUAUAAAAAUGUUAAGAAAAUAAUUUCCACACUACUGAUCCUGGUUUAAUGAGGUAGAAUUCUAUGGCUCACAAAACAGGUGCAAUAAUCAAACAUGCCACCAUUCACAGUCUGGACUAUCAGAAGUUGUCAGCCUUUUCAACAGUUAGCAAAAUGCUAUCUCUGGAGAUGAAGGAUAAGUCCUUCCUUUCUCUCAUAUUGAUACUGCAUCUUAGGGAUCUAUUCAUGCUCACUGCCAGAUGCCUGCCACAUAGGAAACUUGUUGGUAGCCCGAUGCCAGGACAUCAAGCGACUGAGGGUGUCAGUACGCCAUGUCUCUGCAUUUCCCAAUCUCAAACAUCCAUUUCAUAUGGAAAGUGUAUAAUCGUGGCCAUGGCUAUCUGGUCCAUAAUGAAAAUGAAAGAUUCAUUAUGAUUCCCCUUACAUGCAAUCAGACAUCACUCUCCAGGAUGGUCAUCUAAAAAUUAACAAAUGCUGUCAUAAUUCUCACAGUCUCAGAUUCCCCUGUGGCCGAAAGAGUUAGAUACAUGCACCUCUGUGGUUUUGGAUCAGAGCAUCAACAGUACUUUCCUAGUACUUAAAAUUCUGGCAAUAAUUGUGCAACAAAAAAAUCAAAGUUGAAUACUUGAAAAUGAAUCAAAAGUGUUCUCUAAAAUGAACAUACUGAUAUCUAUAAGAUUCCUCUCCCUUUUCUUUUUGUUUGUGUGUUGUGAGAGAUCCCUUCAAAGAAAAACAUCCUCUCUGAACAAUUCUGGAGGAUCAUGUCAUCACCUAUCAAAUGAUCUUAGAAAAUAAUCCUGGGGACUUCCAGUCAAGAUGGCGGCUUAGAGAAAGCUAAAGUUCAGAUCUCCGGAAAACCCUCCCGACCAAACUCAAACUAUAAGCUCCUAAGGCACCGACAUUCAAAACGAUCAACAGCAUAGACCCUGGGAAUCCUCCUCCUGGACCUGGACCUGGAUCAAAAGGUACGGCCCCCCUCAAAAGCCAGAACCCGAGAUCACUCAGGCAUAAGGUGUAGGAGCACAGAGUCCAAGGCUCCGGGAAGCCGCAACCCCACCCCCCUCAGAGAGCAGGGUAGUCUGAAACAACAGCAACCCUCAGGGCCUUCUAUCCGACUCCCAGGGAAAGUCACUGCCCUCAGAGCUCCAGGAAGCCGUGGCCCAUCCCCCCGCAGAGAGCAGGGUCCUCUGAAACAACAGGAACCCUCAGGGCCGACAAAACAGCCUCACGGCCAGCUAUUCUGAAGGCAACUUCCAGAAAGCAACCCGACCCAGUCGAGGGGGCACCUUAGCAGCAGGGAAACAGAGAGAACCGGGGGAGAGUGUGGCCCCCUGGUCCGACCCUUCCAUUCCAGUUCCAGUUAAAGUCAUUGCCUAAAGGCAUACUCAGUUUAACCCAGGUAAAGCUCAUAGAACCGACAAUCUGCCCAGGACUAAAGCCUCUGAACACCAGAGAUAAGAAAAGCUAAUCCACCCCAUUCAGAGAUGGCAAACUCCACAGAAGCACAGAAGCCCCAAAAUCCCAAGAAAAAUAAAAAGAAAGGGGGGACUUUGUACACAUUCUAUGGAGCCAAAAUACAAAAUACAGAGGAGAUAGAAGACGAUACAAAAGAAAAUGUUCCGAAACCUUCCAAAGGAAAUGGAAACUCUCCACAAACCCAGGAAGAAUUUGAAUCAGAGAUGACCCAAAAAGAUGGAAGCCUUCUGGGAGGAAAAGUGGGAAAUAAUACAAAAGAAAUUCACGCAUCUACAAAACCAGUUUGACCAAAGUGAAAAGGAAAACCAGGCUUUAAAGGCCAGAAUCAGGCAGCUGGAAGAAAACGAUCAUGUAAAAGAGCUAGAAUUAAUAAAGCAAAGCCAAAAGACCAAGAAAUUAGAAGAGAACAUAAAAUAUCUCACCAACAAGGUGAUAGAUCUGGAAAAUAGAGGGAGAAGAGAGAAUUUAAGAAUAAUUGGACUCCCAGAAAAGCCAGAAAUAAACACCAAACUCGAUAUGGUGAUACAAGAUAUAAUCAAAGAAAAUUGCCCAGAGAUUCUAGAACAAGGGGGCAAUACAGCCACUGACAGAGCUCACAGAACACCUUCUACACUAAACCCCCAAAAGACAACUCCCAGGAAUGUAACUGCCAAAUUCCAAAGCUCUCAAACAAAAGAAAAAAUCCUACAGGAAGCCAGAAAAAGACAAUUUAGAUAUAAAGGAAUGUCAAUCAGGGUCACACAAAACCUUGCAAGUUCUACUCUGAAUGAUCGUAAGGCAUGGAACAUGAUCUUCAGAAAGGCAAGAGAGCUGGGUCUUCAACCAAGAAUCAGCUACCCAGCAAAACUGACUAUAUACUUCCAAGGUAAAGUAUGGGCAUUCAACAAAAUAGAAGACUUCCAACUUUUUGCAAAGAAAAGACCAGAGCUCUGUGGAAAGUUUGAUACUGAAAAACAAAGAGCAAGGAAUACCUGAAAAGCAUUCCAGUCCUGCCAGGACAACAAGCUGUCUGCCAAGGGACCACUCACUGGAAGUUCAACCGAGAAAUGGAACCAGUUCAGAGACGCAGUCAAGGAAAUAUCAAAGGCAGUCCUAGGCCCAAAACAACACAACCACCAGGACUGGUUCGACGAGAACAACACGGCUAUUGAAGACCUAUUGAGCAAGAAGAACAAAGCCUUUAUGGAGUGGCAAAAUAACCCAAACUCUGCUCCUAAAAAGGACAGAUUCAAGUCUCUCCAAGCCACGGCACAGCGUGAGAUCAGGAAGUUGCAAGACCAAUGGUGGGAAAAAAAGGCAGAAGAAAUCCAGCGGUUUGCUGAUAUGAAAAACUACAAACAAUUUUUCAGUGCCCUCAAGACUGUCUAUGGACCAUCAAAACCUACCACCACUCCCUUGCUAUCCUGUGAUUGUGACACUCUCAUAAAAGAUACAAAAGGCAUCAGCAAUAGGUGGAAAGAACACUUCAGUCAGCUUCUCAACUGACCCUCUUCAGUCGACCAAAGUGCCCUUGACCAGAUGCCCCAAAACCACUCAAUUGAACAACUUGAUGUCCCUCCUUCAAUAGAAGAAUUCCAAAAAUCCAUUAAACAAAUGAGUGCAGGCAAGGCACCCGGUAAAGACGGGAUCCCAACCGAGGUGUACAAGGCCUUAAAUGGAAAGGUGCUCUAGGCAUUCCACAUAGUGCUGACCAGCGUAUGGGAAGAGGAAGACAUGCCCCCAGAACUCAGAGAUGCCUCCAUUGUAGCCCUAUACAAGAACAAAGGCUCACAAGCAGCCUGUGACAACUACAGAGGCAUCUCACUACUCUCCACUGCCGGAAAGAUCCUUGCCCGUGUUAUACUCAAUAGACUCUUGUCAUCUGUUCCAGAGCAGAACCUGCCUGAAUCACAAUGUGGCUUCAGACCAGAUCGCAGCACCAUCGACAUGGUCUUCACGGUGAGGCAAAUGCAGGAAAAAUGCCUUGAGCAGAACCUGAAUCUCUACAUUGUCUUCAUAGACCUGACAAAGGCUUUCGACACAGUGAACAGGGACGCAUUGUGGGUGAUCCUUAGCAAGCUCGCUUGCCCAGCAAAAUUUGUCAAACUGAUCCAGCUCUUUCAUGUCGACAUGACAGGGGAAGUCCUAUCUGGUGGAGAGACUUCCGAUCACUUCAACAUCUCCAAUGGCGUGAAACAAGGCUGUGUCCUCGCUCCAGUACUAUUCAACCUAUUUUUCACCCAAGUAUUACGACAUGCUGUGAUGGAUCUAGACCUGGGCGUCUACAUCAAAUACUGACUGGAUGGCUCACUAUUUGACCUUCGCCGCCUGACUGCAAAAACAAAGACAACAGAGAGAUUCAUCCUGGAAGCUCUCUUUGCAGAUGACUGUGCUCUCAUGGCCCACCAAGAAAAUCAUCUCCAAACCAUUGUGGACAGGUUCUCUACUGCAACAAAACUGUUUGGCCUGACCAUUAGCCUUAGCAAAACAGAGGUGCUGUUCCAACCUGCACCACGGAGGUCAACUAACCAGCCGUGCAUUACAAUCGACAGCAUGCAGCUUUCUAACGUCAACACCUUCAAGUACCUGGGCAGCACCAUCGCCAACGACGGGUCCCUAGACCACAAGAUUAAUGCCAGAAUCCAAAAUGCCAGCCAGGCACUCGGGUGGCUGCGCUCCAAAGUCCUCCAACACAGAGGUGUAAGCACUGCGACGAAGCUCAAAGUGUAUAACGCAGUGGUCCUCAGCUCGCUCCUGUAUGGUUGUGAAACAUGGACACUGUACCGGAAGCACAUGAAACAGCUGGAGCAAUUCCACCAACACUCCCUCCAGUCAAUCAUGAGGAUCCGAUGGCAGGACCGAAUCACUAACCAGGAAGUCCUCGACAGAGCCAACUCCACCAGCAUCGAAGUCAUGGUCCUCAAAACCCAGCUACGAUGGUCUGGACAUGUCAUCUGCAUGGACCCACAGCGAAUACCAAGACAGGUGUUCUAUGGUGAACUGUCAGCUGGACUCAGGAAACAAGGCCGACCAAAGAAAAGAUUCAAGGAUCAGCUAAAGUCAAACUUGAAGUGGGCUGGCAUUACACCAAAGCAACUAGAACUCGCUGCCUCUGACAGAAGCAGCUGGCAAACCCACAUUCACCAUGCCGCCAUCACCUUUGAAGAUGAGCGACAUCGACAUCUUGCUUCUGUGCAUGAACGCCAACACCAGGCCACAACCGCACCUCCCGUAACAGCUGGUGUCCCAUGCCCCAUGUGCCACAAACUCUGUGCCUCAGCCUUUGGACUCCAAAGCCACAUGAGGGUACACCGUAGAUGAAACUGCACAAAGAAAAUUGUCAUUCUCGAUCACCGAGAGAUUACUAUACAUCACCACUCUUAUCUUCCCCUUCACUGUAAUAGCUUAAUUUAGGUGUCUUCCAAUCUCACUUCUCUGAUUGUGUAUUAAACAUCUCCAUCUGUUUGUACUAAAAACAUCUUAAACAUAUAUCCAAAUAAAAACUAAUCU